CCAUGGCAACCGAAACACCACAUACACCAGCAAAGAUGGCAGCGGAGGUGAUGGAGCGAGAACAGUCAACUAAAACAGUUUUUAUCAACGACGUAGCGUCAUACUCUUCAAAAUGGAUCGCCAAGUUUUUAUCUGAGAGUUCCGGGUUUCAUCUCGUUGGGACCGUUUGUGGCCCACUUGAGGAGGACACAGCUUACCUGCAGGACCUGUAUACAAACAUUAAACAGGACGUCCUGCUGUCCAAACUGAUGCAGUGUGAUGUGAUUAUCUACAACAUCUCCCAGCAUGCCGAGCAGCUGGAGGAGGCUCUAUGGGCUGUUACAGGUCUUCAUGAUAAAAUGAGCCUUUUUACUGGACCGAAGACAUUCAUCCUUGUCUCCACGGUGAUGACGUGGGCUGGCAGCAAACCCUUGGAUCCUGACGAUCUGGAGCUGCCGCUCACUGAUGUGAUGUACUGGAGAAGACGAGCACACCCAAACUUUAAACAUCACAUCGACCUGGAGAAAAGAGUUGUAAAGAUGGGAAAAACUAACAGGAAGCUGUUCUCAACCUAUGUGGUGGCAUCAGGACUUCAAUACGGGAUGGGAGAGCAGAUCUUUCAUUUCUUCUUUAAGACGUCCUGGCUGGGAGUAGAGCAAAGUGUUCCUGUGUUUGGCGAGGGGAAAAAUAUCAUCCCUACAAUUCAUGUCAAAGACCUGGCAAGUGUGGUUCAUAAUGUGAUUGAACAUCAGCCAAAGUUGUACUACCUGCUGGCUGUGGAUCAAUCCAAGAACACCAUGGAGGAGAUCAUCAAGGCAGUUUCUUCUGCUCUUGGAUCAGGAGAGAUACGGAAGAAGGAGUCUGAAGAGUCAUUCCUCAUAAGGGACCUCAGCGUGAUGGAGAUAGAUUCUCUGCAGGUGAACCUUCGUUUGGAGGCUGCCCACAUAAAUGAGCUGUUCUCAAUAAACUGGAGCUGUGAGACUGGGAUGGUGGAGAACAUGGAGCGGGUGGUGGACGAGUUCCGAAACAACAGACAACUGCUGCCGCUGUGCUUGUGUGUUGUCGGUCCUCCCGCUGUGGGGAAGACAACAGUAAGCAAACUGAUUAGUGAGCAUUAUAAACUCUGUCACAUCACACUGAAGGAGGCCAUCGCUGAAACCAUUGCAAAUCUGGAGUUUGUAGUGAAGAAUCCUGAUUCAGAGAAAAAUGACGACUACUACACAGCAGAGGAGCUGCUGCUCAAUCUGAAGGAGAGCAUGGAGAAGAAUGGAGGUGUGUUGGAGGAUCAUCUGUUAAUAAAGGUUUUGAAACAGAAACUGAUGUCUAGACCGUGUAAAAACCAAGGCUUCGUCCUUGAUGGGUUUCCAGAAACACACAGACAAGCUAGUGGGCUUUUCUCUGAUGAAGAUAAUGAAUCAGAAAAUGACACGUCUCUGACUUCUUCACACACCAAGAGGACGAUACCAGAGUUCUUGUUGGUCCUGGAUGCAUCAGACUCAUUCCUGAAGGAUCGUGUAUUAAAUCUGCCUGAGAAGGUCUUCCAGGAACUCAACUAUGAGAUAGAUGACGUCCUGCAAAGACUGAACCGAUACAGAAAGAGAAGCAUGGCGCAAGAAACUGUCAUCAACUUCUUUGAUCAGCUGGACGUCUCCCUCCUCUGCCUCGAGAUCACCAGCAGCAGUGAGCUUGAAUCUCACCAGCUAAUGCAGAGGAUCUUCGACAGGCUGGGUCCACCCAGGACCUAUGGCUGCAGUAUUGAGGAGGUGCAGCAGGAGGAGAGGAGGAAGGAGGAGGAGAGGAUGAGGAGGGAGGAGCAGGAGAGAGCUGAGGAGGAGAAAAAGAAGGAAGAAGAAGCCAGGCAUAGAGCUGCACGCUGGGAGGAGUGGACCAAACAGCUGGAGCAGGAGAAGCAGCGUGCUGAGGAGCUGCUGGAGGUUGAGACAGCCACAGCGAGGAGGUACCUGAUGGAGCAUGUGAUGCCGACGCUGAACAGCGGCCUGACUGAGUGCUGCAUGGCCAAACCAGACAAUCCUAUUCUCUUCCUGGCCAACUUCCUGUUAAAGAAUAACCCAACGAAUUACUAAGAGAAGAGGUGUGGAUGAAGAACCAAGUUGUGAAGUUUUCUUUGGAGAAAUUGUAUAUAAGUCUUAUGAAAUUAAUUCAUUGUUGAGUAACUUUUAAAACAAAAAAAAAAGAGAGAUUUACGAGUUCUAGUUUUCUAAAUGUAAUAAUUGGCUGCUGUUCUUUGUGAUCAAAGUACAUGAAG